AUGUGUCUCGACCUAAUUGUAAAGACUGAAAACAGAGCGUUACGAUUGAAGGAAUCAGGUUCAUUGGUACUCUCAAUGGGAAGUUCCAAUGGUUUCGUGCACGCAGAAGGAACGGUUAUCGUCAUGUCCUCUGCGCUGUUGCCUGCCCCUAGUCCGGAUCCCCGCGUCACAUGGAAUUAUUUCGACGAACAGGGAUACGUCUCAAGGGGUGGCUUGCGAGCGGGAGAGGAUCCUUAUGCAAGAAAUAAAUUCAAUCAAGAAGCAUCUGACGGUCUCCCUAGUAAUAGAGACAUUCCGGAUACUCGCAGUCCAAUGUGCCGAUUAAAACAAUGGGGAAAAGAACUUCCAGCAACUUCUGUUAUUAUCACAUUCCACAACGAAGCUCGAUCAACUCUUUUAAGAACUGUAGUCAGUGUUCUAAAUAGAAGCCCUGAGCACCUCAUAAAAGAGAUCAUCUUAGUGGAUGACUUCAGCGACCAUCCUGAAGAUGGAGAGGAACUAUCGAGGAUUCACAAAGUCCGGGUCAUCAGGAACGAAAAGCGAGAAGGUCUCAUGAGGUCCAGGGUGCGAGGUGCAGAUGCAGCGACUGCUAAUGUCCUCACUUUUCUAGACUCUCAUUGCGAGUCCAAUGCUGAUUGGCUGGAGCCUUUGUUAGAAAGAGUUGCUGAAGAUCCUAGCAGGGUCGUUUGCCCCGUUAUUGACGUUAUAAGCAUGGAUACCUUUCAAUACAUUGGUGCAUCCGCUGAUCUAAGAGGAGGCUUUGAUUGGAGUCUGGUUUUUAAGUGGGAAUAUUUAAGUCAAGUCGAGCGACAAGCGAGGCAGAAGGAUCCUACUCAAGCGAUAAGAACACCCAUGAUUGCUGGGGGACUCUUUGUCAUCAAUAAAUUUUACUUUGAAAAACUUGGGAAAUACGACACACAGAUGGACGUUUGGGGUGGUGAAAAUCUUGAAAUCUCCUUCCGAGUCUGGCAAUGUGGAGGAAGCUUGGAAAUUAUCCCCUGUUCUCGUGUCGGUCACGUGUUCAGGAAACGUCACCCUUAUUCCUUUCCUGGAGGAAGUGGAAAUGUAUUCGCAAGAAACACGCGAAGAGCUGCUGAAGUUUGGAUGGAUAAUUACAAACAGUUCUACUAUAAUGCAGUUCCUUUAGCACGAAAUAUUCCUUAUGGAAACAUUCAAGAUAGAAUGGAAUUGAAAAGACAGCUAGGCUGUAAACCCUUUAGCUGGUACCUAAAGCAUGUAUAUCCUGAAUUAAUAAUACCUACGAGUGAAGGUGGACCAGGAGGAAUUUUAAAACAAGGAACAGCUUGUCUAGAUAGUAUGGGACAUCUUCUAGAUGGAAAUGUGGGCUUGUAUCCUUGCCAUGACACUGGAGGGAAUCAGGAAUGGGGCCUUACGAAAGAUGGACUCCUUAAGCACCACAACCUCUGCCUCACAAUACCUGUUUAUGCCAAGGGGACAACACUUCUUAUGCAGAUCUGCGAUGGUAGUGAAAAUCAAAAGUGGCGGUACCUCGAAGGAGGUCUUAUUCGCCAUGCUAGAAUUCCAGUGUGCGUAGAUUCAAAAUUCCAUGCUCAACGAGGAAUCACAGCAGAAAAGUGCGACUCUAGCUUAGAGAGUCAGAGGUGGCGCCUCUACAAUCAUGGUCAUUAAAUUAAUUAAAUUCAUCCACGAAAGUGAAUCACUUUCAACGCAAUUCGAGUCAGUGUCUUCAGGCACUUAAAACAUUUAGUAUCAUGAUUUGAAUGAAAAAAGCGCUCUUUUAUACUCAAAGCACGUGUUCAAUUGCGAAACAAGCCGCUUAAAUAAGAAUUAAUGAAAAGUGAUAAUGAACCUGAAUGUGAAUAGUGUCAAUCCAAAUUGAAAGGAGUUUAAGACAGUUAUUUUCUUGUUCAGAGAGAAAUUAGUUACAAUUCCUUUUUAGAGAAGACCGUUCUCCGAUCAGGUAACAACACGAUGACGUCCUUACAUUGAUCUCUGUAUUAUAAUGACGACUGUAAAGAGCAUGAAAAGCCCUUCAAAUAAUUGUACAAUAUUAUUGAUAAACUCUAUGGUGGUUUUAUUAAGGUCUUCUGUAAGGAGCUGAAUUUCGGGAUGAAAUAUUUUUAUUUUUAGUAUAUUUAUUAAGAAUAUUUACAUUUUCAUUCAUCAAAUUAACCAAGUCCUAACUGAAGUAUCCUAAACUUCAGCUCUCGUGCUUGAUUACCAAGUCUACAAUUUAAUUAUCUGCGCACCGAAAUUAAUAAUCGACAGUUCCUUAUAUCGACUCUAGGUAUAUUAUGCGCAACGCAAUCUAAAAAUCGUUAAAUCUGCUUUUUCCGCUCCUCUUGUAGAUACAUAGGAUUUAUAAGUGUUCGCAAAUUCAGAACCUACCCUAGCGGACCGAACGAAUCGAAAGGAGCCUCUACAAAGUACCCUUAAAGACCCCACUGAGUCCCCUUCGGUUCCUUCUUUAAAAACU